AUGUCUAGCCAUCCCAUGUUCAAGACCUGCGUCGCCCAUUUGAGGCCAGCUGUACCCUCGCGCGGCAGGGCUCAAGUUUGGCGACAAGCAACCUUCCAUGGUCGAGGGGCCAGGUACCAAUCUGCGCGCCAAUUCGCAUCCCAUUCGGUCAAGGUGAACGGUCAGCGCCUGUGGGACUCGAUUCACCACACGGCGCAGUGGGGUGAUAGUCAAGAUGGCGGCGUGAAGCGGCUCACUCUGACCGACGAGGACCAGAAGGUUCGCUCGUGGUUCACGGAGACGCUGACCGCCGUCGGGUGCAAGGUCAAGGUGGACCAGGUGGGAAACAUGUUCGCCGUUCGACCCGGGGCCAACAUGGCCCUCCCUCCCAUCGCGAUGGGAUCGCAUCUCGACACCCAACCGGCCGGGGGGAAGUUCGAUGGCAUUCUCGGGGUUCUCGGGGGGGUCGAGGUCAUCCGGGUGCUGCAUGAAAACAAUGUCGUCACUCAGGCCCCGAUUGCUGUGGUGAACUGGACCAACGAGGAAGGCGCUCGGUUCAACAGUGGGAUGUUGGGCAGCAGCGUCUGGGGAGGAAUGAUUGACCUGGACGAGGCCUACUCCAUACAGGACGUCGAGGGCACCACGUUCCGGGCCGCGCUGGAAAGGAUUGGGUACCUGGGCAGUGAGGGCGCAAGCCACAAGAACAACCCGCUCGCCGCCCACUUCGAACUCCACAUCGAACAGGGUCCUGUCUUAGAGGACACGAACAAAACCCUUGGGGUCGUCAACGGUGUUCAGGCGAUGGGCUGGACAUAUGUCACUGUUCACGGCCAUUCUCAGCACUGUGGCACCACGCCGAUGGACAGACGAAACGAUGCGCUCCUUGCUGCGACCAAGAUGAUUCCACAGAUCAACGUUAUGGCUCGUGAGACCGAAGGCAUGAGCACCGUAGGUGUCUUCAAUUCGGAGCCGUCGAGCCCCGGGACGGUCCCGGGCAAAGUGCGAUUCAGUGUCGAUCUUGAACACCUCGACAAUGACGCCAGGGAUCUCAUGGUGAAGAGGACCAAAGAGAUCUGCGCCGAAGUCGCCGAACAAGAGGGUUGUCAAGUCACUUUUGAGGAUACCUGGGUCAGUCGAGGUGUGCGCUUCAACCCACUGUGCGUCGAGACGGUCACAGAGGUGGCUGAAGAACUGGUCGGCAAGGAUGGGUUCGUCACGCUCCCGGCGGGAGCAGGACAUGACAGCGUCAACACCUCUCAUCACUGUCCCACCUCGAUGAUCUUUGUUCCCUCCAAGGGCGGCAUUUCUCAUCAUCCCUCCGAGUGGUCGACGCAAGAACACUGCACGCUCGGAGUUGAAGCUUUACUUCGGACGGUGUUGAAGUUUGAUAAGAAGAUUUCGAGAUAG